AAAUCACUUCGGUUAAAGACUUCCCCAUCAUUUCCAUCAGGAGUAUUCCAACCCACAGAUGUGAACACACAUAGAAGAUGGAAACAAGUCCAAUAUAUGUCUGAUUUGUUUUGGAAAAGAUGGGUGAAGGAAAACUUACUGCAACAGCAGGAGCGUCAGCGAUGGACAAGAGUGAAGAGGAACCUCACCGUGGGAGAUCUUGUUCUCAUCAUGGACAGUUCUGUACCAAGAAACUCUUGGCCAAUGGGACGAGUGAUGGAGACUUUUUCGGAUUGAAGAGUAUUUGUCCGUCAAGUCCGUAUCAAGACUCAGACUAGCUGCCUGGACCGGCCUAUCACGAAGCUGUGUCUGAUGCAGGAGGCAGAUCACAGUUAAACUUUUGGACUUUAAAUGUUCCAACUUUAUUGACUGAUUUUGGACUCUUUAGAUUUUGUCUUUUCUCUUUUUUCUUUGGUUUGAAGAUGGACUCUAAGGUUAAUUAAAAUAUUACCGCAGGUAUUGAUAGGUAUUGCAUGAAUGAAUGAAUGAAUGAAACUUAAUUGUCAUUGCAACAGGAGCAACAAAAUUUUAUUCCGGUACAAACCCGUCCAAGAGUAGACAACAACAACAUAUAAGCAAACAGGAUCAGGUAGACUGAGGCAGCGCACCAUUUUCACAGAUGGAAAAGAUAACAUGAGGGAGUAACGGGAGGAGGCUAGAAAAAAAAAUUGGGCCUUGACGGGCACAGUGUACGAUACAAAAAAAACACACACCUCAGUACAUAAAAGCACAUAAUACAGACAUUCACAACAUAAGAAAUGUGAUGCCUUUAGGUCAAAAACUGUAAUCAGCUCAUAUUGUGAAUAAUUUACAUAAAAAAGGAGUUCAUAGUUAAUAAAUAGUAAAUGUAAUUUCAUGCUAAAAGCAGUUAAAAUGUUCGGGGUUUUGAAAUCUAAUCAGUGUGAGACAUCUGUAACACAAUGAUCUUUGUCAUAUUGUAUGCGUAACUACGUGAGCGAGUGAGCGCUCUUACCAUUGAACAAUCUUUGAAACAGCUCUUUCUCCGGUAAUGUUGGGAAGUGCUUUGGCAUUAACAAGUGAGGGAACGGCUCAUAAAUACGCUAAAUGUACGCUUACACGCUCGUGCCUUGGGAAACCUUCGUCUUUUUACAAAAACCACAAGCAAUAUAAAAGUACAUAAAAGAUCUUCAAUGAGAUCAAGAAAAGCAAGCCUUGUGUGGAGAGCCUUUUUUACUUUUUAUGCUUUGUUCGCUGGCUGUCUAGCUUCACAUAGCCACGUGUUGUGAGGACAGCACAGUAAAAAGACGAGUGCUCGGCGGUCUCAAGCAUACAGAGCUACAUUAAGCAACCAUGAGUCUACGCUCAGGAAAAAAUUAUCUUAAAGACUUUGCUGGUGAACAGCAAGAUGAAGCAACAAGUGGUGAACAACAGCCAGAAGUUUCACCCCAACCAGCUACAACACAGCAACAGUCACAACCGCUGGACACCAGGUCACAGUCAUCUAGGAGAACAAGUAAGCAGUCUCAACGGUCAUCCUCAACUACCUCUUCAGCUACAAGAGCCUAUGCCAAAGCUAAGGCUGCACGAGCUCAACUAGCCUUUGCUGAGAAAGAGGCCAACAUGAUGAAACAGAAAGCAGAAUUGGAAGCAAGUAUGCUAAAACAAAAAGCUGAUUUGGAUGCAAGUCUCCAUCUUCUGCAGUGCCAGAAGGCAGCAGCUGCAGCUGAAGCCGAAGCUGUAGCCUACGAAGAGGCAGAACUUCAAAGCGGGGAGUUCAGCAGACCCCAAAGUGUAGAGUUUGAGCUUAGUGCAGCGCAGCGCACUAGUGAAUAUGUUCAACAACAAAGCGAGUUACUUUUUCCAGAUAUUCAGGAUGAUGCUCCUGAUCCCGAGAGAAAUGACAAUGAGGUUGACGUACAAGACAGUACACGAAUUACCAAGCCUGUGGCGGCCAGCAUUCAAACAAACCCAUCACCAGUAAAAAGAGAAAUGAAACCAGAGCCAACAAUGAGCACAUAUUUAACCAACACCUACCUGCCCGGCCCUCCAAAGCAAACAACCAAUCUUCCUGACGGCUACAUGCCCACAACUAACAGUGCACAAGAUUUUGCAAAAUACCUCAUCCGUAAAGAGCUGGUGAGCACAGGUCUCCUGCAAUUUGAUGAUAGACCUGAAAACUAUUGGGCAUGGAAAACUUCAUUUCUCAGUGCAACUAAUGACCUGAAUUUGUCUCCCAGAGAGGAGUUGGAUUUGUUGACAAGGUGGUUGGGUCCAAAGUCAUCUGAACAAGCAAAACGUAUUCGUGCCGUACAUACCCUGAAUCCUGCUGCAGGUGCCAAGAUGGUCUGGCAACGUCUGGAAGAGUGCUACGGCUCACCCGAGGUCAUCGAGGACGCACUCUUAAAAAAGACAGAGGAAUUUCCAAAACUAACAAAUAAAGAUAAUGUUAAGUUACAAGAGCUUAGCGACAUCCUAAUGGAGCUAAAGUUUGCUAAGCAAGAUGGCGCCCUACCAGGACUAGCAUACCUGGACACAGCUCGAGGGUUUUCACGCAGUUUAUUCAGCAGCAAGCGAGAAUGA